AUGCGACACGUUCUUUCCGCUCUGGUGCAAAACGUCCCCGGUGUGCUGGCGCACGUCGCCGGGAUGCUGGCGUCGCGGGCCUACAACAUCCACAGCCUCGCCGUCGGCGAGACCGAGUCGCCCGAACUCUCCCGGAUGACCUUUGUUGUCGUCGGCGACGACAACAUCCUUGAGCAAGUCCGCAAACAGCUCGAAAAGAUCGUCACGGUCGUCCGUGUCGAUGACGUGAGCAGCAAGGACCACGUCGAACGCGACCUGAUGCUCAUCAAGGUCCAGGCCGCCAAGACCGACCGCCCCGAGAUCCGCGAGCUCAGCCGCAUCUUUCGCGGUCGCAUCGUGGACGUCUCGCCUAACGAGAUGAUGAUCGAGCUCUCCGGCCAGGAGAAGAAGAUCGAGGCCUUCAUCGACAUGAUGCGCCCCUUCGGCAUCAUCGAGCUGUGUCGCACCGGCCGCAUCGCGAUGAUCCGGAGCGUGAACAGGCCCAUCGUUGGUGAACCCGGAUCCGAAAGCGACGCCCCGCCCACCGUGCGGCGUCCGCAUCACACCGCCGCCCUCAUGGCCCAAAUCUACUACGACGCCGACGCCGACCUCGCUGCUCUGAAGGGCAAGACGGUCGCCAUCAUUGGUUAUGGUUCGCAGGGCCACGCCCAUGCUCAGAACCUCCGCGAUAGCGGCGUGAACGUCGUGGUCGGCCAGCGCCCCGGCGGCGCCAACUACGACCUCGCCAAGGAGCACGGCUUCGAGCCCGUCUCGGCCGCCGACGCCGCCAAGCAGGCCGACGUCGUCAACAUCCUGCUGCCGGACGAGGUUCAGGCCGAGGUCUUCAAGUCGGACAUCCUGCCGAACCUGAAGAAGGGCGCCGUGCUGAUGUGCUCGCACGGCUUCAACAUCCACUUCGGGCUGAUCGAGCCGCCGAAGGGGACCGACCUCUUGCUCGUCGCGCCCAAGGGCCCGGGCCACCUAGUCCGCAGCGAGUUCGAGGCGGGCGGCGGCGUCCCCUGCCUCAUCGCCACGCGCAAGGCGGGCACGGUCGCGGCCGACGACGACAUGUCGGACGAGUCGUCGAGCGUCUUCAAGAUCGGCAUGGCCUACGCCAAGGGGAUCGGCGGCACGCGGGGCGGCGUCAUCCGCACGACCUUCGCCGAAGAGACCGAGACCGACCUGUUCGGCGAGCAAGCCGUCCUCUGCGGCGGCCUCAGCGAGCUGAUCAAGGCGGGCUUCGAGACCCUCGUCGAAGCCGGCUAUCAGCCCGAGAUGGCCUACUUCGAGUGCAUGCACGAAGUGAAGCUGAUCGUCGACUUGUUCUACGAAGGCGGCUUGAACUACAUGCGUUAUAGCGUGAGCAACACGGCCGAAUUCGGUGACUACUCGACCGGCCCACGUAUCAUCACGCCAGAAACCAAAGCCGAAAUGAAGAAGUGCCUGACCGAAAUCCAAGACGGCACGUUCGCUCGCAACUGGAUCCUGGAAAACAAAGCCGGCGCUGCCCGCUUCAAAGCAAUCCGCCGUCGCGAACGCACCCACCAGGUCGAAGAAGUCGGCAAACGCCUCCGCCGCCUGAUGAGCUGGAUCGACGCCAAAGAAGUUUAA